GGCCCCGCCACUGCCUAGAAUGUUUUUGUGCAUCUACUCAUAUGUCCACGGUACUUCUGGGUCCUCGGUGAGGAUGUCUGCUCGACACGUCUCUUGCCGGUUUCUCAGAAGCUCACUCGCCAUGUGUAUCGCGCCCUGCACAGGCCAUCCGCUCCUGUUGCGGCACUCGGACGAAGGAGACGCCGUAUCUUCACCGACGGUGUCUUUGCCCAUGGCAUUCUCACUGCCACACGGCCGACCUGCAUUUCUGGCGCCAGUUGACGCUCAGCCGGGGCAAGAUCAGGUGCGACAAUCCAGGUAUGCAUCGGUGGAACCGGGUGCGUGGUAGCGGAACCGGCGGCAAGAGCUCGAAGAGUGUCUUGCGCGGCAUUUCACCGAUAAGAUGAGGGCUGGUCCAGCUGGCCGCCCGAGAUCCCAGAAUGUUACCAGCCGGAUAGGCGGCCUCGGCAGCAACGACAUCAGCGUCCAGUGAAACUCCAGUUGGGGUGGUCGCGUCGAUUGGCCGUUUACUUGAGUUGGGCAGUAUCAGGACCAGCGGGAGGAGCAACAGAAGGAGG